AUGCAACGGUAUUUCAAGCUGACCAAACUCACCAGCCCUGCUCCUGCCAACCUCCCUACGAGAGCGCUUUUUUCGACAUCCAUACCACGAUUGCAUAAACCAAAUGCUAAAAAACGUCUGGAAGGCACUGGUGCUGUCCCUCAACGAGCAGGUCUCGCCAACGACAAGCAAGUGUUUCUGGACUGGAACAACCGCAAAACCAGUGUUUACAAUCACUUUUGGUUGAGAGAUCACUGUCGCUGCGAACAAUGCUAUCAUCCCAUCACUCGUCAACGUCUGGUCGAUACCUUUUCUAUUCCUCGUGAUAUUCAACCCACUGCUGUUGACAGCACGGAAGAUGGACUGUCUGUGAUCUGGCCGGAUGGUCAUCAAUCCAAGUAUGCUUGGGAUUGGCUGCAUACACACUCUUACAGCCCUAUUCUUCGCACCUCAGAGCCCUUGGCAACCAAGAAGCCCAAGUUGUGGGACGCUGAACUCAAGCUCACACCCAUAGAUUAUGAAGCUGUCAUGAAUACAGAGGAGGGAUUGAAGCAAUGGCUGGAUCAGCUCGAAACGUAUGGUAUUUCUUUUGUGGAAGGUGUGCCUACCACGGUUGAAGCUACUGAAAAGCUGGCCCGUCGUUUGUGCUUCUUGCGCGAGACGCAUUACUCACAGGGCAUUUGGUCGUUCACUGCUGAUUUAGCUCAUGCUGAUACUGCCUACACGCAAUUGGCAUUGGGUGCCCAUACCGACAACACUUAUUUCACGGAACCCGCAGGCCUUCAAAUGUUCCACAAGUUGGAAUUCGAAGGCAAAGGCGGCGACUCAUUGUUCGUAGAUGGCUUUGCUGUUGCCAAGCAGUUGAAGGCUCAAUCUCCCAACGCUUACCGUACAUUGUCCAAUACACUGAUUCCCACGCACUCGGCAGGCGAUGAGAAUGUCUUGAUCGUUCCCACACCUCGAGCUAACCCCAUUCUGAAUCAUGGCCCUGACGGCGAGCUGUACCAAAUUCGCUAUAACAAUGAUGAUCGCUCCACUCUGGAUCACCUUAGUUCUACACAAUUAGAAGAGUUUUAUGAUGCCUUGUUCUUGUGGAGUGAUUUGCUGAAAUCUAAAAAGAAUGAAUUGUGGGAUCCUUUGGCUCCUGGCCGUGUGGUUACUUUUGACAAUUGGCGUGUUUUGCACGGUCGCAGUGCUUUCACCGGUCAUAGACGUAUCUGUGGUGCCUACUUUCCUUGGGAUGACUACAAGAGCAGGGCACGAACUGUUAGAAUGACGCCUCAAGACAAGGAUCGUCUUUUGUAA